AUAUUGUGUAUUUAGAUAGAAUUGUAAUUUUCCUGUGUCCCCCUUGUAGUCUGUGCCCCUGUGUAGGGUUUCUAUACAAGUGAAGUGAGUAAUGAACUGCUUUCAGAAAUCGUUUUCCAGAUAAACUCCUAAACCUAUCCAUUUAUUCAUCACUUACACAAGUGAAGUGAGUAAUAAACUGCUUUCCGAAAUCAUUCUCCAGAUAACAAACUCCUAAACCUAUUCAUCCAGUCAUUAUAAACUCCAAACAUACCAGACAUGUCUCAGUGCUUUCAGCUAAGGUUGGUUAAGGUUGUGUAAAUCUCCUAAAACCGAAGGGAAUACUCUGCCCUGGUACUUUUCUUUUCCUUGGUACCACAUUACCCCUUGGGAAGAAGAAUAAAAAAACUGCUUAGCAAGUUUUACUCCAUAAAAGGAUUAGAAAAGAGAAGGCUUCCAUCAUUUCAUUCCUUUGUCACAACGGGGUCGCAUGAGAAGAGGGAGUCUGUAACAAACAGGCAUGGACGCAUUCCUCAUCCCCCACUCUCAGAGGCACUCAUAAACACACACUGUAACGACCUUAUGUCCCGCUCUGCUCCACGAGAUCACCUGCAGAGUAUGCAGGAACUUUAUCUUUAAAGUAUGUGAUCAAAAGCAGACAUAUUCACCUCCGGUGUAAAACAAACACACGUAAAACAAACACACCCAACUAGCACAAGCAUGCCUCCUGCUGCUGCCGAGCCAAUUAACAUGCAGAACAACACUCAUCUUUGUGGUAACUGGCCCCCACCUCACACCCCUUUCCAGACAGCUUAAAAAACUCAGUUCAAAAGAAGAAAGAAAGGAACACUGAUGGCUAGUUGGAGGACUGCUUGAGAAAGAAAAGGCACUGUGAAAAAAAACAGAGUAUGACGAUGAGAAGAAGGGAGGGAGAGGCAGCCACUCAGGGGAGAAACAGAGGGGGUGUUGAAGAGGAGGAGGAGGAGAGAGUUUGAGAAAUAGUUUAAAACAGUGAGAACUGCAGACAUUCGUGAGCACAUGGAAAGAGCCAGAGCAGCGGGAACAAAGAACUUUAAGAAAACAAACUAAACAGCAUCGAAAGAGAUGGGAUCACUUUGUGGGAACCUGGCUGUACUUCUCCUCUUCCUCUCACCUCUAAUGCACUCCCACCUCUUCGCUCGUGCUUCUACAUCUUCCCCACCCAUCACUCGUAAGAAGAUCAUAAUCGUGGAACACUUCACCGUAGUUAACCCCAACGCUGAUUAUGAGGACUUCAGCAUUGUUCAUGAAGUGGUACCUUCUGCUAAAAGUCCCCGUUUGAACAGUGAAGUUGUGAAUACACCCUGUGAAUACAAUUCCUGCCUGGAAAAUCAGGAGCCCUGUGAAAUGAUCAAAGCUAGAGAAGGGUGUCUCUGCCCUGGGGUGAGUGAUGAGGACAGGCCUCCUCAUGCUCCACGUAUCGAAACACUGCAGCCGAUCACCACAGGGGAAAACGCAGGGAAGAUAGAGGUGCAGUGGUGCGCUCCUGACUCCGUUGUUUCCUCCUACAAGGUGACUGUAGAGGGAAGUGGAAACGAUUUGGAGUUUGGGGAUGGUGCCCGACGAGCCACGGUGGGAUCUUUGGAGGUGGGGACAAAGGUUUGCGUGGAAGCAAUAAACAAAGCAGGACACAGCAGUUACUCAGACUUCUCCUGCAAGCGGUACGAACGCCCUGAAUCUUUGGAGCUCCAACUGCUGGCUGGGGUCAUAGGAGGAGGAAUCGUCUUAAUUCUGCUUCUUAUUAUAGUAGCUGUGGUCCUCUGUAGGAGAAAAAUGUGUCAGAAGGCGCAGCAGGAAUCAGUCAGUGGACUGGGAAAUCCCUCUUACAAAUCAGAAAGAGCAUCAUGAGCCAGACAAAAGAAACGUGGACAGUUCAAUCCAGUCAAGUUAAUUAAUAACAAAAGAUUAAUAGUUUCUUAUGGUGUGUCUUAUGACAAAUAUAUGGUUUAAACUCCUGUUUCAAUGAAUUUCCACGCAAUCAUGCAAAGAUCAGUGAAAUAUGACUAACAUUUGCUAUUUUGUUGUUAGUUUUACAGGUUUGUUUGCAGGCGAAUUAACCUUAGUAGAUUAAUUUAAUAGUAUUUUGUUGAGGUUUUUUUUAUUGUUAAGCUUACAUAUUAAUUGUGUUUUUCUAGAGUGCUGACUGAAAUUGUUUUAA